AUGAAUGGUUCUUCCACUUCUGCAAUUGAAAUAAGCCUCUGGCGCACUUGGGCCCUGACAGUCACUCACGAGGCAUGUGAAUAUACUGCACAGAAAUUCAAUGCAGAGAAGACAGGAGGAGACCCGGUGAUACCUUCUCCUAACCUAAACACUGAUCUAGUGAUGGCCUGCAAUCAAUUGGUAGAUCGCCUCAUAAAGGCAUGUAAAAAUCCGAUUCAGAUGAACAUCAACAUUGGAAGAUAUAGCAGAUUGAUCUCCCCGAAGAACACCAUGCACAAUGAGGAGAAAGAGGAGAAGUUGCUUAAGAGAUGUCCUCCCGGCCAUAAGGGGACAAGAUGUGUCCAGCACCAUCAUCACAUGGUACCUCCCAGACGCCCUGACAGCCAAAACACAGAAGGAAAUUUUGGCAGCCACCCUCCGAGUUUGGAAAGAAGUAUGAAGGUUGAUGGGAAUUGGCGAACCAAUCCGGAGUGGUUCAAAUGCUGCUCGGAAGAUGUUGGCCUACCUGCCGGGUGCAUUAAUUUAUCUCUGGCAUGGUUUCAACAGGGGCAUAAGAUAGGAUUUGAUAGGAUGAUGAUUUUGAAUCUAGCAGACACGGAGGUAUCUGCAUCAUUAAAGGGACCAUUGUCCAAGGGAAUCCUAAAUGCCAUUGCAAGGCUGGCAGCCAUCGCAUCAGCGGCGCUCAGGAUCAUGCAUCCGGAGCAGUACUGGGCAGGGUUACAAACAUUUUCAAGCCUCGGAGAAAAGGCAGAAAGCAAGGAACUGCCAAGAAUGUCCAAGAUCCUCCAGUACUGGGCAUCCGUGUUUAACACGCUAUCCAUCAUUUCCAAUCGUCAAACCCCAUAUCGAUUGUCAGACAUGGGGUUCAUGAGGUGGAGGGGGAUAGGGUUGGGUGGGCAUGGGUUCCCUCAUGCGGAUGGGCUAGGGUGGAUUGACAAACCCUACCACCAUGUGGAAGAUGAAACAAGUAGAAAGUGUAAUUACCCGCAUCAGUACCUGCUUUCGACUACCAAGUAUGAACUGUCUCUCUUGAUGACACUCGAGCCUUCCGUGUCUCUUGAUGAUACUCGAGCACCAACACAUUCAGCACGAGAGAGUGGGGGUUCAGUUGUGGGGCGCAGUUACAAAAGGCCGGCCCUGGGUUGGAGUAGCACAGAAGAUAUCAUCGACCUUACCCUAGGCAAUGCUAAGAAGAACGGUCUGUUGCAAAAGGAACCUACAAGUCAAAAGGGCACAGAGAAGCAAAGAAAUACUCAGAUCCUAUUGACAGUCAUCAAGGCCAGGAGCUCGGUAACCGGGUCUUGGCACUCGGGUCUUGAUAUUUGGACCUCGGUAGUUAACUGCCAGGAGUCGGGAAUCGAUAAUGGAGAUCUGGAACUUGAAGUUCGAUAUUCAGCAGUCAACAUUCGGCACUCGACACUCGGUAGUUAUGUUCCAGGAGUCAGGAAUUGGUAA